AUGGGCUUUGGAGAUUAUCCCAAGGAAUAUAACCCUGCAGUUCACGGGCCUUACGAUCCAGCCCGCUACUAUGGAAAACCUGAUACUCCGUUUGGUCAGGUUAAACUGAACGAGCUGGGGUCAUGGUUUGGACGUAGGAACAAGACUCCGUCUGCUUUUAUGGGCGCUUGCAGCAGAGCUUGGUGGAGGUGGCAACACAAAUAUGUGCAGCCGAAGAGAGUUGGAAUGGCUCCCUUCUUUCAGCUGCUUGUUGGGUCAAUGGCUUUCUUCUAUGUGAUUAACUAUGGCAAAAUCAAGCACCACAGGAACUACAAGUACCACUAA